ACAGCUGAUUUUGACAAGGCGAGCGUUUAUUUUGCAGCAGAAUUGCACAAUUUUUAAUUUUUUUUUUAUUGAAUAAGGAUAAUAAUGCGUCUGACUGAAGUGUUAUUUAAGAAAGUUAAAAGCAAACGCAUCAUGGUGCUCAUGGAGAGCGUGGUCAGUGGCCAUCAAUUCAACAUGUUCCGUGAUCGUUUAGCGGAAAAGCUGGAGUUGAUACGCUUUGAUCCAUAUAUACAACAGGAGUCCAUAUACCGCGAACGCAAGAGGAUACGCAGCGCUAAGUGAUAUAUGUACAUAUUAAUCUGCUAAAUGUAGAAAAAUAAGUUAAUGAGCAUUUGUUUUAAUUUGUAGCACAAAACUGCUGUUAGAUAGCAAAUGAUUACCAUAAAAAUAAAAGCACUUCUAGAUGUCUGAAGCAAGAAUGUAAGGUUACUAAAAGUUUUUGUAAUCUUAAUACGUAUGCACAUUUAUACAAAUUAAAUUGGUUUAUUUUAGUAUACCUAUAAAGGGUUAUAGUUUGUAUAUGUACUGACAUAAUGUUCUGGCAGAGGUCCAAAAUGUAUAAUUCGAUGCUUAAACUAA